AUGUUGACCCCUUCAGCAAAGUCUGCAACAUCAGCAGCUCCAGCAGGUGGUGCUGGGGGAGCAAGUGAUGGCAUUUCCCCGGAGGACUCUACCACAACCACCAAAGCCCCACCCAAAGUCGUCCCCAAGGCGCCCGCCAGCACCAAGGCCCCAGUAAAGCCCAAACCAGCUGCUGAUGACUUUGACCUCGCUGAUGCCCUGGACCCAAACAACGACAUUGCUGGAAAAGAUAAGAAAAGGGUGCCGGGAGGUGAAUUCUCCGACUCUGACCUGUACAAUGUCGGUAACGACGACUCAUACAAACCGGACAAGGGCAAAGGCAACAGGCCCAGUGACCCAGGCCACAUCGACCAGUAUGACGACAACUCCGAAACCACGGCUGAGGUGGGCACCAUUGCUGGCAUAGUCAGUGCGGUUGCUAUGGCAUUGGUGGGGGCCAUCAGCAGCUACGUCUCCUACCAGAAGAAGAAAUUCUGCUUCAGUAUACAGCAGAGUCUAAAUGCAGAGAUGGUAAAGUCUGAGAACCCAGAUGCUGUGGUGGCCACAGAGCCACAAGUCCAGAAGACCCUCCUGGAGUCAGCCAACGCAGAACCUCCAGCUGAAGAGAAUGCUGUGUAACCUCCUCCAUUUGACUUGUACAACACACACGCACAUAAACAUACAUAUACACAUACAUACUACAUGCAUGUACACAGACAAGCACACAAGCACACACACUCCCCAGAUGCUGCAUACGCUGCUCUGAAUGUGACUUUUUAACUUUAUUUUACUGCUGCGACUCUUACCAAACUUUGCCAUUAGCUUUUGUACAUAAUUAUUUAUUAUUUUUCCAGACUUGUGUAAGUCUGCAGAUCAGUUUUCCUUUUUGUUUUUACUAACCUUGAACUAUGAAGGCAAUGUUCUCAUGUACAGCAGGAAAUGUUUUAACUUUGAUUUGUUUUCUCGUGUGAUUAGAAAUGAGAGCAAACAGAUUUCUGGGGCAUUUGCAGCGUGUUAUAGCACACAAGGAGCAUGCAAAGGAAAGUGGAAGUUUUAUUUCAAGUCAGUUUAGGAUCCAUGGAAUACUCAGAUGUGAAAAA